AUGGAACAUCAGCAGUCGGUAGCUCGCAUUUCCUGCUUCUCGUGCCGUCACAGCAAGAGACGCUGCGACAAAUCUCUACCGACAUGUCAGCUUUGCAUCCGCAGGGGAGUGGACUGUCGCUAUCCUAAACGCCGAGCCCAGAAGUAUGUUGUUCUACCAGAGGGAGAUGGAACGACCGAAGGCGGUAUACCAGCAAGACACGAUCUAUUGGUAAACAAAGUAGCUGAUAGCGACCGUUCGAGUGAUUGGGAGCAACAAUCGCCGUUGGAAAUCUCAGGUGCUACAUCGAGCGCAAUCCAGUCAUUCGCUACGGCUACAGCCAUUCAGUUUAUUGCACCCACUCUUUUCCGCGAAGCACAUUUAGAGAUCCCGCGCAUCAACAUCACCAUUCCUAGCCAUGUUGCUGCCCUUACAGGAGAAUUCGAGCAAAUUCGCGAUAUAUCUGCUACAUUCUUCUCACAAGUUGUUAUAUGGACCCCCGUCAUCUUUCGCAAGAAUUUCUUCAACAUUGCCCUCAAUCCACUGUCUCCCCGGCGGACUGAAGGCAUCCUGCUCUCGCUAUGCAUGAAGUUGUACUGCACACCAACCACCCAAGAUGAGCGAGAUGGAAGAACAGCACUAUACAAGGCAACAAAACAAUUCUACUGCGAAGUAGAAGCCGCUGGAAUCAUGUCCAUCUGUAUUUUGCAAUCGGCAAUCUUGAUUGCUGUCUAUGAGAUCGGACACGCCAUCUAUCCUGCUGCCUAUUUGACUGUUGGAGCCUGUGCCAGGUAUGGCAUUGCACUCGGCUUAGAUAAGCUGCUUGUGGACUUGACAGGAGAGAAUAACGCGGGAAGACCUUGGAUGGAAGUAGAAGAGAUGAGGAGAGUUUGGUGGGGGAUUCUCAUAUUAGAUCGAUUCCUGAACCUUGGUAACCCACUGAGGGGCCUGACAACAAAAGAUCCAGAGUACGAUGAUUAUCUUCCAGUGGAUGACUGGACAUUUCUGAAUGCGACUGCAAAGCCUCAGGAUAACCUCAGGAUAUCUGCUGCUUUCAAUCUUAAAAUGGGCGUGUUUACACGACUAGCCCAAGCAACCUAUUUAGUAAAUCAGGCUCUCAAGUUCUUGUCAUCUCUUCCGCCACCUGGUGACCCAAAAGACACCGUCGACAUUGCAAAAGAUACUGCACAACUACGGCGCACAAUUUGGGCAUUGAUAUCUGUAACCAAGUCGGAGUUUGAUGCUCAUGAUCUUGCAACCUGCUGUCAAACUGCGGUUUCUUAUUGUGCCAUAUUGUUACUUCAAGAUGCUCAUUGGCGGCGCGUGCGCAUCAGUUCAACUGAAGACGCUUACAAGCACCUGUUUGCAGAGUCGGAACGUGUCUUGGAAAACCUGGCACGCAUGGCAUUCUGUCUCCGAACCGACGAGGAAGAAGGGCGAUGCUUAGAUGAAGAAUUUCCCGUGUUUCUCAUGCAAAUAGUUUAUCAAGGGGCAUUGACGACGAUUGAGAUGGGUCAGGGCAAGCCAAACGAAGAAAUUAAGGAAAGAAUAGCAAUAUACAAAUGGCUACUCCAGCACCUACAGUCAAGAUGGCGGGUAGCAGGCAUAUAUCUGUCCAUUUUACAAUCUAAAGAAGCAAUGAUGGCAUCUGUUGUCUGA